AUGCCGCCCAAGAAGCACAUAUACCAGCCCACAGACAUAGUGCUCGCCAAGGUCAAAGGCUUCCCCGCGUGGCCCGCGCUGGUGGUGCCCGAAGAGAUCGCCCCGGCCAAUGUGCUAGAGGAAAGGCCCGGCCGCCCCACGGUGGAAGAGCUGGACGACGAGCAGAACCCGGAGAACUUCAUCCCCUACAGUGACACGCUGCGGUUCCGCAAGAACUUCAAGCCGCACAACUCAUACCUGCUCAAGUUCCUGUGCGACGACUCGUACAUAUGGCUGAAGCCCACGGACUUCAAGCCGCUGACGCCCGAGCAGUGCGAUGCAUGGCUCUCCAAGUCGUCCAAGAAGAGUAAGAAACUGAUCCCGGCAUUCGAGCUGGCGCGCCGCGGUACACACGGCCCGGACGCCAUCGACGUGUUGGAGUUUGUGCAGUACGGGUCCAGCGGCAAGCCCGCGGAGGAGGAGUACGUGGAGCCUGCGGCAGAGCAGGAAGAGGAAGAUGAGGAGGAGGGAGAGGCAGAGCCCGCCGCGGAGCAGGAGCCGCUGGACGAAGACGCUGACGCUGACGCCGACCAAGAGAGCCCGCUCAGCGAGCUCCCAUCCUCGGGGUCGGACUCGGAUUUCGAGGACGACACCACCCACCGCCGCCGCCCGGUCCGCGGGACGCGCCAGUCCAAGAGAACUCGCGCGCGCACCAACGAGCGGGAGCCUGAGCUCCAGGAGCUGCAGGAUGAGCCCGCGCCCAAAAAGGCCCGCUCACACAAGAAAAAACAGCCUCAAAAGGUGGAGGUCGAAAAGUACAAGUUCGAGGACGACGAGGACUGGUCGAUAGUUGGAUUGGGCCCUCAGGACCCCCCGGUCUCCAAGUUCAACUCGCUCGUCAACAAGCUCUCCCAGAAAAGGAACCUAGAGGUGCACAACGAGUUUAAAGCAGACCUGCGAGACAGGCUGGGCAUCGUCAACAAGAUGCUUGUCGGGAUUGUCUUUGACACGAAGAGGAAGAGCGUCACCGAGGACCUCCACGUCCUGCUUGACGAACUGGAGCAGUGCUCGGCGCUGCGAGGCACCCAGGACGAAUUGAUUACGGUAUUUCUCUCCGAUCAUGAGCUAGUCAUAAACAUUAGCGCCCUGUUCAACCUGAAGCAAGAUCAGCUGCGCGAGGCCGGACUCUACGACAAGCUUCAGCAAUGGUACUCGCAAAUAUAUGGCGGCCAGUUCGUGGCAGAUCCUGUCGCUUGGUCCCUGGACAAGAUCAAUGACGUCCACGCGCCCCCACAAGAAGAUGCCCCAUCGGCCGCAGAUGCUGCCAGCAAUGGUGCUGGGCCUGCAGCCCCGCCUGUAACAACCAGUGAUGCCAAUAUGUAA